AUGACUGACAAACCGGAUCUAUGCCAAACUGUGAAAUUAUAUGCGACAUAUAGGAGAGUGUUCUCUAUCGGACAACCACACUUUACUUCACUUUUUUCGACCAAUGUCAUCGCGGUGUUGUGUUUGGUGCUUUCAAGUGUAGCGGCCGCAACUGAUGUUCCAAUCGUGCGCACGGAUUCGGGACUCGUCGCUGGAACGCGCAUCGAAGUGGGUGACAAUACGGUCGAUGCUUUCCUCGGAAUACCUUAUGCGGAACCACCAGUAGGAGAACUUCGAUUCAGACGUCCAGUCCCGGUUAGCCCUUGGAAUGGAACAUACAACGCAACAAGUAAGCCGAAAGCUUGCUGGCAGCUAGAUCUUCGUUUCGUGGCUAACGCGACUAUGAGUUACUCCAAUGCAUCAGAAGACUGCCUGUAUUUGAACGUCUGGAAGCCAGUCAGCUCGUGUUCGGAAGCGAACUCGUGUGCAAAGAAGAGCCCUGUCAUAAUUUUCAUCCACGGAGGAGCGUUUCAGUGGGGUGACUCCGCUCUUUUUCUGUACGACCCAGCUAACUUUGUGGCCCUGUCCGAUGUCGUGUUCGUGACCUUUAAUUAUAGGUUGAGCCUUCUCGGAUUCCUUUCACUGGAGACAGCAGAAAUGCCUGGUAACGUGGGCCUCUGGGACCAGAAUCUCGUGCUUAAGUGGGUUCGAAAAAAUAUUGAAAGCUUCGGAGGUGAUCCGAAGGAGGUAACUCUAAGUGGUCAGAGCGCAGGAGGUAUCUCGGCGGGGCUACACGCUAUUUCUCCGCACAGCCAAGGUCUUUUCAAAAGGGUAGUCAUGCAAAGUGGAACACCGUUUUCAUUGAUACUCGGGAUGGCUCACAAAGGCGCGGGGAAAUUUAUUAAUGCAGCUGGGACGUUGGGAUGCUACGACGCAAGGAAGAAUCUGAAGGAACAACUAAACGACGUCCUGGUCUGCCUAAGAAAACUAGAUGCAAAAUCAAUGUUCAAAAUUUUGCAAUCAGCCGACGUAGUACAGCAAUUUUUUGCUCCGGUAAUCGGAGAUGAUUUUUUUCCAUACAACCUGUUUUCUAAAGAAGCUUGGAAGAUGCUUCGCUUUAAAGAUAUUAUACUGGGAACAAACCGCGACGAAGGUACUUUGUUCGUUGACAAUCUACGGUCUCAGAUUCCAACCCUUGGAACGCUCUUAGCAACCGACUAUCGAUUGGCCGUAACAGUUGUCCUGGCACCAAUGUUCGAUAUUUCAAUUUCCCAAUCUCGGCGUAUCGUUAACGCUUAUUUCGGAGGCGAUGAUGUGCUCCACAACAGCAAGACGGUUGAAGGCAUCUUCAGUAAAAUAUUCGGGGAUGCCGCGUUCAACUGUCCGACCAAGCUGUUCGCUGAUAUAGCGGCGAGUCAAGGAAUAAACACGUAUAGGUAUCUGUUCACGCACAGACCGUCAUUCAGCCUAUGGCCAAAGUGGCUUGGUGUCGCACAUACAGAUGAAAUUGUGUUUACGCAUGGAUCACUGGCAUUUAUUAAUGACGAAAGCCGGUACACCGAACCACUGGGGGACUACGUAAAAACUUUCUUAUUGUCCAAAAAGGCAACUCCAGAAGAAUACACCUUCAUGAAAGAAAUCGUCAGCGCAUGGAGUUCUUUCAUCCAUGAUGGGAAGCCAGUGAUACCCGUUCCCAACAUCAGCUGGCCGCUCUACACCGUUCAAGGCCGCCAGAUUCUCUACAUGCAACCCAACAAUUACACAGCGGCACGUGACUCGGAUCAAGACCACUGCGACAUUUGGAGGCCCUUCUUACUGAAGAAGUGUGUAUGGUUUUUCUAUUACUUUGACGCUGAAAUUGCGAUAUUUAUAAAUUAA